AUGUUGAGUCCUGCAAACGGGGAGCAAAUUCACCUGGUGAACUAUGUGGAGGAUUAUUUGGACUCCAUCGAGUCUUUGCCUUUCGAUCUGCAGAGAAACGUCUCGUUGAUGAGGGAAAUAGACGCAAAAUAUCAAGAAAUCCUAAAGGAAUUGGAUGAAUAUUAUGAGAGAUUUAAGCACGAGACUGAUGGUACACAGAAGAGGAGAGUUUUACAUUGCAUUCAAAGAGCCCUGAUUCAGAGUCAGGAACUGGGCGAUGAAAAGAUUCAGAUUGUGAGUCAAAUGGUAGAGCUAGUUGAGAACCGGACAAGACAAGUGGACAGUCAUGUGGAACUAUUUGAGGCACAUCAAGAGAUCAAUGACAGCACUGGGAACAGUGGAAAAACCAACCAAGAUAAAUCAAAGAAUGAGACAAUCUCUCAAGCAGAAAAGCCCAAUAAUAAGAGAUCCCGACGACAACGAAACAAUGAGAAUCGAGAGAAUGCAUCUAAUAAUCAUGAUCACGAUGACAUCACCUCGGGAACACCGAAGGAAAAGAAAGCAAAAACGUCAAAGAAAAAGAAACGCUCUAAGGCCAAAGCGGAGAGGGAAGCAUCACCUGCAGACCUUCCGAUCGACCCAAAUGAACCAACGUACUGUCUCUGCAAUCAGGUCUCUUAUGGAGAAAUGAUAGGUUGUGACAACGAUGAGUGCCCCAUCGAGUGGUUUCAUUUCUCGUGUGUGGGACUUAAUCAUAAACCAAAGGGCAAGUGGUACUGUCCCAAAUGUAGAGGGGAAAAUGAGAAGACAAUGGACAAAGCACUGGAGAAAUCCAAAAAAGAGAGGGCUUAUAAUAGGUAG